CGGCCCGUCUGCUCCCGCCUCGCGGAGGCUGCUGCUGGGACGCGGCUGCCAUGGAGUGGUCCCGCCGGCAGAGCGCCUGGCGGCUCGGGAAGGCACCGCGGAAGAAGCGCCGCGAGUCGCCGCUGCCUGGAGCGGCCGCUCCCCCGGGCAGGGCCGGCAGCCGCGCCGGCGCUUCCCAGCCGUGCCGGCGGCGCCUUUUCGGGAACGCGGCCCCCCGCGGGCCGGAGCCCGGCUGCCUGAAGAGACAGUUCAAUGUGAAAACCCUACCAAAAAUUAAGGAAGUUCAUGAAGUCAGCGAAGUGAGCGAUUCAUGCAAUCAAAGCAAUCAAGUGAGUGUUAAAGAAGCAACAGACUUGGGAAAAAAAGAAGAGACAAUAGAAGAAAGCCCUGCACUGCAGAAGGAAUCCCAGAUAAUCAACUCUGAAAGCAAACAUAGUUUGGAAUAUGCUGAAAUGACUUCAAGUACAGGAAUGACUCUUCCCACAGGUGUUUCAACCUUUCUCAUAGAAUGUUUAGAUGUAGAUUCAACUGCACAUUAUAACACCAGUACUAGUGACAGCCUGAACAGUUGCCCGUCACCUGAAAUAUUCAGAGAUGAUGGUUCAGAAAGAAGUAAUUUUCACCCUGAGGACUCUGGCAAGUACAAGAACUCUACUCUCCUGGACUCCAGCAAAGCAGUGACCAUAGAUAAGAUACCACAGAUCUCAAAUCUUUCUGCUAUAUUAGAAACUGUACCGGAGGAUUUUCAAGCCAAAUACACUGGAAGGAAGACACCAUCGAAUUUCAGUUACACUUCAUCAUUAAGUGUUUCAACUACUGUGGCAGGAAAAAAAGUCUGUAAAAUUACAGCUGCAAGAGAGAGAACUCCAGACCUAAAAGCUGUUACGUGCUGUCCUUCACCGUUAGGACCAGAGAGAAAGCCUGACAAUCAAAUUACUAAAUCCCAAAGGCUGAAGUGUAAGAAAAAAGAAAAAAAUUCCAAUGUAUUAGAAGAAGAUACCUCAUGGUUUGAUCAGCUCGAUGCCCCAGGAAACACCUCAGCCAAAUCACUGGGGCCAACAGGAGAGGCAUUGUCAUCCAAAGAGGGAGAUGCUGUGGUGCCUUUGUGUGGCAAACACGAAAUUUGCUCCAUUGUCAGAGCUUCACCACAACAGAGGCUUUCCAGGCGUCACCCAAUUCCAGUUAACGCAGAAGUGUUCCAGCGUCCUGAAGGAGUGCCUGAAGAUACUAUUACCAGUACCAAAAAUUGGAUCUCCUGUAAACACCGAUGAGAUUUCUGGGUUCAGCAGGAGUCAAGAGAAGAAAUAACUGUCCUGCUGCUGUGGGAGGGAGGUGAAAUUGAACCACUAACCAGUAAUUAAUAGCCAUAUUUUUUGGCAUAUACCU